AUGAUUUAUAAAUCCAUACUUUUUAUUCUUACUUUAUUUGGAAAAUUUCAAAUAUCAAUAACUUGUGCUGCAAAUGGUAUCUGCCCUACACCAGGACUAUGUUAUCCAUCUUAUGGUUAUACUCAACCAUCUUGUGGAGGAUGUCAAAGAGCUUAUUCUUGUGGAACAUAUGGUUGUUAUAGGACUAAAGCUCGUGCUGCAACAAAUUUUGAACCUGAUGUAUUUAGGAGUAGACAAAAACCAAUGUUACGAGUUGCUGAAAAUGGAAUGUUAAGAGAUAGAGCAAUCCUUAAAAAUAGACUUAAAGGAAUCAAAGGAGAAGAUGUCAGUUCAGAAACAUUUAUUUCAAAUGGUGAUGAAAAUCUUGCUGAAAUGAGUGAUAUGGAUAAUGAUAUGAUGAAAAUUUCACCAACAAUUGCCCGCCUAAAUAAUCCCCGUUCACUUUCAUCACCAAUAGAUCCAAAUACAGCAUUUUUAAAUUGUUGUAUAGAUCGUAAACUUCCAGAUGCCUGCCUAGAAAAAUGUAAUUUUGGUAGAUAUAAUAAAAAUACAUUAACAGAAAUGUAUUUUAAAAGAGAUCUCUGUCCAAUUGCAGCAUUAAGUGAGUUACAAUUUUGUGCAGCAAGAGGAAAAAAUCAUAAAGCAUGUUGUGCUAGAAAUGGUGUUACAACAACAUUAGCUGGAGAUAAAUGUCUUAUAUUUUGUGAUCAAAGACCAGGAAAAAUUACCCCAUUAGAUAUGAGUUACAUUAGUUGUUUUGAUCGUUUUGAAAAUAUGAAAUCUUGUUUCUGGCAUGAUCUCAUACGUUUCUAUACAAAAUAA